ACGCCCCAGGUCCCAACCCUGCCUCGUACCGCCCAGCCCCACUGGGCCCCGCCCCCACCUGGCCCGUUCUGCAGGCUCUCUGGCCCCGCCUUCCACCUUGGCCCCGCCCCUUCCCGGCCCCGCCCCCGGCCUGCGCCUAGCAUUUCAAGGCGGUUGGCGCCCGGCUAACGGUCCUAACGGUCGCACCACGCCCGCCGCUCUGGACGCCCGCGGCCCGCCCCAGGCUGCCAGACGCCAGGCUGAGGGCCACACCAAGUCCGCCGCCCUGGACGCCCGUCGCCGGCUCCAGGCAGCCGGGCCCCGCCCGCCCCGCCCCAGGAAGCCCGGCCCCGCCCGCCGGAGUCGGCGCAGACCCGGCAGCAUGGGCAGUCCUACCUACCCAGAAGAUUUCCACGAUGGUAACGAGGACACAGCAUUCACCUGGGACAUAAAGGCCAACAGCCACGACUACCACAGGCAGUUCAGGAAGAAGGUGUUUCUGUGCUGGCACAGGCAGAAGUACAAGACCAACAUCAUCCGCACGGCCAAGUACAACUUCUUCUCCUUCCUGCCACUGAAUCUGUACGAGCAGUUCCACCGCGUGUCCAACGUGUACUUCCUUAUGACCGUCAUCUUGCAGGGAAUCCCUGAGAUCUCCACGCUGCCCUGGUUCACUCUCUUUGCCCCCCUGGUCUGCCUUCUCGCCAUCCGUGCCACCCGUGACCUAGUGGACGACAUCGGCCGGCACAGGAGUGACAGAACCGUCAACAACAGGCCCUGCCAGGUCCUCGUGGGGAAGAGCUUCAUUUGGCAAAAAUGGAAGAAUCUGUGCGUAGGAGACGUGGUCUGUCUCAGCAACGACAGCAUAGUCCCGGCCGACUUGCUCUUGCUGGCCAGCUCGGAGCCCAGCAGCCUGUGCUACGUGGAGACAGCUGACAUCGACGGGGAGACCAACUUGAAGUUCAGACAGGCCCUGAUGGUCACCCACCAGGAGCUGACCAAUACGAGGAAGAUGGCAUCCUUCCAAGGCCGGGUGAUGUGUGAGGAGCCCAACAGCAGAAUGCACCAGUUUGUGGGGCGCUUGGAGUGGAACGGCAAGAUGUACCCCCUGGACAUUGGCAACCUCCUCCUCCGCGGCUGCAAGAUCCGCAACACGAACAUGUGCUAUGGCAUGGUCAUCUAUGCCGGCUUUGACACAAAGAUCAUGAAGAACUGUGGCAAGAUCCACUUGAAGAGAACCAAGCUAGACCUGCUGAUGAACAAGCUGGUCGUCGUGAUCUUCCUGUCACUCGUGGUUGUGUCCACGGCCCUGGCCGUGAGCUUUGGUCUUUGGAUGAGAGAGUUGAAAGACAGGCACCACUACCUCUGGAUCCUGUACCGGCGCAGUGUAGCCAUGGAGUCCUUCUUCAUCUUCUGGAGCUUCCUCAUCCUGCUAAGCGUCAUGGUCCCGAUGGCCAUGUUCAUCAUGGCGGAGUUCAUCUACCUGGGGAACAGCAUCUUCAUCAACUGGGACCAGGCGAUGUACUACGCACCGCUGAACCAGCCCGCCAAGGCGCGCAGCACCAGCCUCAACGACCAGCUGGGCCAGGUGGAGUACAUCUUCUCCGACAAGACGGGCACACUCACGCAGAACAUCCUGGCCUUCAAGAAGUGCUGCAUCGAUGGCCAUGUCUACGGUCCAGAUUCAGAGAGCAGGAGCCCCAAGGGGAACCCCUACCUGUGGAACAAGUUUGCCGACGGGAAGCUGCGUUUCCAUAACGAGACACUGCUGCGCAUCGUGCAAGCCAAGAGGGACAAGGCGGUGCGAGAGUUCUGGCGUGUGCUCGCCAUCUGCCACACCGUUAUGGUGCAGGAGAAAGAGAACCUGCUGGUGUACCAGGCGGCUUCCCCAGAUGAGGAGGCGCUGAUCACGGCGGCCCGGAACUUCGGCUACGUGUUCCUGUCGCGUACCCAGGACACCAUUACCCUCAUGGAGCUUGGGGAGGAGCGUGUCUAUCAGGUCCUGGCCAUGAUGGACUUCAACAGCAUGCGCAAGCGGAUGUCGGUGCUGGUCCGGAAACCGGAGGGCACCAUCUGCCUCUACACCAAGGGUGCCGACACAGUCAUCUUGGAGCGCUUACACAGGAAACAAAGCUCGAAGCUGAGCACAGAGGAGGCCUUGGCUGCCUUUGCCAAGGAGAGCCUGCGAACGCUGUGCCUGGCCUACAAGGAGGUGGAUGAGGCCACGUACGAGAGGUGGCACCAGCGGCACCAGGAGGCCAGUGUCUUGCUGCAGAAUCGGGCGCAGGCCCUGCAGGAGCUGUACAACGAGAUGGAACAAAGCCUCAAGCUGCUGGGAGCCACAGCCAUUGAGGACAGACUCCAGGACGGCGUUCCUAACACCAUCAAGUGUCUCAAGAAGGCAAACAUCAAAAUCUGGGUGCUCACAGGGGACAAGCAAGAGACCGCGGUGAACAUAAGCUUUGCCUGCCAGCUACUGUCAGAGAACAUGCUCAUCCUGGAGGAGAAGGAGAUACUCCAAUUCCUGGAAGCCUGCUCAGAGCACAACAGCAACCUGCAGACCAAGAAGGACUUUCCGAAGCUCCCGCCACAUGUCAAGUUGGCCAUGGUCAUUGACGGGGUCUUCCUGGACAAGCUGCUGCUCUCCCUGCGCAAGGAGCCUCGAGCCCUGAUCCAGAACGUGGAGGCAGACGAGUCCUGGCAAGAGCCCUUUGAGGGCGUGCGGGACUUCCUGCGGGCGCGGCGCAUAUCCAUGCUGUGGUGGAACUUCAGCGUCCAGCAGACCCCAACGAAGUCCAAGGUCUCAAAAUCCCGAGAGAGCCUCGAGGUGCGGCGUGAGCGGGCCUUCGUGGACCUGGCCUCGCGGUGCCAGGCUGUCAUCUGCUGCCGGGUGACGCCCAAGCAGAAGGCUUUGGUUGUGGCCCUGGUCAAGAAAUACCAGCAAGUGGUGACCCUGGCCAUCGGGGAUGGUGCCAACGACGUCAACAUGAUCAAGACAGCAGACAUCGGCGUGGGGCUGGCGGGGCAGGAGGGCACGCAGGCGGUGCAGAACAGCGACUUCGCGCUGGGCCAGUUCUGCUUCCUGCAGCGGCUGCUGCUGGUGCACGGACGCUGGUCCUACGUGCGGGUCUGCAAGUUCCUGCGCUACUUCGUCUACAAGACACUGGCCAUCAUGAUGGCUCAGAUCUGGUUUGCUUUCUACAACAGCUUCAGCGGCCAGCCUCUGUACGAAGGCUGGUUCCUGGCCCUGUUCAACCUCCUGUACACCACCCUCCCGUGCCUCUACAUCGGGCUGUUCGAGCAGGACAUGAGCGCCCAGCGGAGUCUGCAGAUGCCUGAGCUGUACAUGGCAGGGCAGAAGAACGAGCUCUUCAACUACUGGGUCUUCCUCCAAGCCAUCGCCCACGGCACCGCCACCUCCCUGGUGAACUUCUUCAUGACCCUGUGGAUCAGCUGGGACACCGCAGGACCCUGCAGCUUCAGCGACUUCCAGUCCUUCGCGGUGGUCGUGGCCCUGUCGGGGCUGCUGUGCAUCAUCGUGGAGGUCAUCCUGAUCAUCAAGUACUGGACCGUGCUGUGCGUGGUGACCAUCGUCCUCAGCCUCGGCUUCUACGGGGUCAUGACUUACAUCACCCAGAGCUACAGGCUCUACAGGAUCUCCCCAAAGACCUUCCCGUUUCUGUACGCCGACCGCAACGUGCUGUCCUGCCCCUCCACCAUGUUGGUCAUCCUGUUGAACAUCACCCUGAACACCCUGCCUGUCCUGGCCCUGCGGAUGAUCUGCCAAGCCCUCAAGAAGCCGCGCCCCAAGGAAGAGGUGAAAGAAGAGGCCCCAGCUGAGGAAAUUUUCACUGUGGAGUCUGUACCCCGUUUACAUCGGGGGUCACGUGGUCGGCGUUCCAGCUAUGCCUUCUGCCACGAUGAGGGCUAUGCAGACCUCAUCACUCAGGGCAAAAUUCUGCAGAGGCCACAAGAGAGCAGCAAUGAGUUGGAAUCUGAUAUCCCAGUCCCAUCUGAAGAAGAGCUGCUCUCCAGCCCAAAUAGCUCAUGCUGGGUUUGCAGGAAGUUGUCAUCCCUGUGGAGGCUGAGAGACCAAGGGGACAUAUCCUUUGAGAAGAUGAAUCCCUCUUCUGUGAUGAGCUCAUCCUUGUCUGUGGACAGGCAACCCGCUGUUAAUUCAGACAACCAAGGUUCUCCCACAAACAAGUUGCCCACCAGCAUGAACAGGGCAUCUGAGUCUUUCCAGAAGUUGCAGAUGGCACAGAAGAGGCCACUCUCACCCAAGCAGAGGCCACCUCUUCCUGAGAAUCUGCUGUCAACCAAGGAGGGGUCAGUUUCUCUUCCAGGGGAGCCAGCACUGCCCAAAGAACACCAGCUGUCCCUUCUGCAGAGUCAGCCACAACCUUUGGCAACCGAGCCAUUGCCUUUGGGCCAGCCGUUUUGGGGCAGCCAGACUGAAUUCUUAGAGGAGAAGCCGUCAUCUGGGAGUACUUCAGUACCGUUGGGGGAGAGCCGGCCAUACAUCUCCCCAAAGGACCCCCACGCCUCCAAGGAGGGGACAGUGGUGGAGACUCAGCCAAGUAAAGAAGAGUCAUCUUCAUAGGAGCAGCCUGUGGAGGUAGAGCCCUGAUGCACGGGGAGGCAGCCGUCACUGACGGAGUGGCAGCCCAGCCGGCGCCCAGCGAGGACCAGUUUCCACCUGAAUUGGUGGAGGGGCCACCCCUGCCCCCAGAGGAGCAUUCAUUGACAGCAGGAGGCCUUCCUCUGAUGACAAGGACACCACAUCCUUUUCUUUUUCUAAUAAACCAGGGUGCAUCUGACCCUGGGGCUUGGUUAGGCUCA